CGGACGCACACACCGCCGUCGGAAGACACUUUCGAGUCUGGCCGCAUGUUCACGCGCGCGCCACGCACAUCCAUCCGCGUAGUAGACGCAUGGAAGACGAGCGCGCGCACGCACAGAUACCAGUUUUCGAAGCGACCUUAACACGGGUUUCUCGCACGCGCGCACACACGCGAGGCCGGCACGUUAACACACGUUCGCGCGCUCAAUCAACUAGAGAGAAUCGCGUUACCUUGCAGAACGCGGGCCCCAGUACGCGCUUGACCACGCUGUCGAGAGGAGGCUGUUCGAACGCACCAGUUACACGGAGAAGAUUUCGAUAUGCCCAACUGUCCGAAGUGCGACAAACCGGUCUAUUUCGCCGAAAGGAAAACGUCGUUGGGCAAGGAUUGGCAUGGAUCGUGUUUACGUUGCGAAAAAUGUAACAAAACGUUGACACCCGGCAGCCAUUCGGAACACGAAGGAAAACCUUAUUGUAAUCAUCCGUGUUACGCCGCUCUGUUCGGUCCGGGAGGUUUCGGCAGAGGCGGUGCAGAGAGUUACGUUUACAAGAAGUGAAAAAUCUAAAGAAUUUACGGCAAUAUAAUACUUAUUUCUAAUCGAAUCGCGUUACCUGUACCGUAGCAAUUAAAUUUAAUUAACAUUAGAUAACUAGAUUGUCUAAGCGUGAAGUACAAUAUUUUUGUUAGAAUUAAAUGUAUGGUUGAAAUACUUAAGAUAUAAUAAUUUUUUUAUAAAAUCACGCAUAAUGUAUCUCUAUAUUAGAUAUAAAUUUCAAUAAAAAUUUAAUGCCAGUUUGAAAA